AUUCACAUGUCGGAGAGAUAAGUAUGUAGCUUAUUGAAAUUAAUAGAAAGCUAUUCGAGCUCAAUCAGCUAAAAAUCCUAAUUAAAAAAUACCUCCUAGUCAACCUUAUGGAAAUUCUAUAAAAGGAUUUAAAAUGUAACUUAAUUGAUUUUAAGAAGUGUGAAAAAAGUAAAAGUGAAUAACUUGAUGGAAGAUAGACCAUAGAGUGGUUAGAAUGAGAUAAGAGCUAGAUAGAUUUAACAAGAAACUGAUUUUUUUAGAAAUAAUAUGGAGGUGUUUGAUAAAGAAAGACUUUUUGAGCAUUUAUCAUAAGCUAAGACACAAAUCAAUCACUUAAAGACAGACAAUUAUUAAUUAAGGACUACAAUUUUAUAAUAAGAAGUAUAAGCUAAAUAUUUAUUCAUAGAAAACGAUAUAAAAAUACGAGAGAAUAAUUGAGGAUUUUCAAAAUAAUGGUAAUUUGAAAAAUGUAUAGAUGAAAUUGGGAGUUGAGGUUAGAAUAAUAUAUUGAUAUUGUUAGACAUCUUUAUUUCUAUAAAUGAAAAGAUAAAUAAAAGAGUAACAAAAUGAGUUAAGAGAAAAAGAGAUUAUAAUAUAAAAUUAUAAGAAAAAUGCAAAAGUAAGCAAAUUCUAAGAGAUGGAUGUAUAAAAUGAAUAAUAAUUAAGGCUGAAAUUAGAGAAGUAUAUGAGGAACUAUAGAGAUUAAGAGAACUAUUAAAGGAACGUGAUGAAAUAUUAUAGUAAUAAUAAAAGUAAAAUUAUUAAUAUCAUAGUCAUGCUCAGGAGUAAUCAACAAAUAAUGAAUUUGUAAAAGAGUUGUAAUAGUAGAAUGAAACCUAUUUGAAGGAUAAUUAGGAAUUGGUUUAAAUAGUCAAGUAAAAUAAUUAUGGAUUUUAGACUUUAUGAAGAGAGGAAUACAUAAUUAGAAGUUUAAGUGCAAUAAUAAUAGAAAUAAAUAAAUAAAUAGGCAAGAGAUAUGUAGAUGUUAAAUUAGAAAUUAUAAGUAUUUAAGAAGAGAGGAACGAAUGGUUAAUAUAUAAUCAGUUAGGAGGAGAUUGAUAGAGAUAUAGAAGAGAGAACUAAGUUGAAUUAUUUGGUAGAAGAAUAAAAAGAGAGAAUUCAAAAAUUAGAGUAACAAUUAAAGAAAUUUUAAUCAGACAAUAGAAAAUAAUUAGAAUAAAAAUAGGGAAGAAAUCUUUAGCAACAAUAAUCAUCUAGUCCUAAAAAUUUUAAUAAUAAUAAUAAUAAUAAUAAUAAUUCUUAAUAAUAAUAAAUAGUAUAGUUAUAAUAAUAGGAAUAAUUAAGAUAAAAUAAUAGUACAGAUUCUAUUUUACUUGAUUAAGAAUUAGCUUAGUGUUAUGCAGAUGAAAUUCGUUGCUAAUUAUUUUUGGAUAAUAUUCCAUUUGCAAAAUUUAAAGAAGUAUUAAAUUACUUAUAUUAAAGAAAUUGUCUUCUUUAAAUAAAGGAAGACUUAAUGAAAAUGGAGUUGUUGAAUUUUUGAAAACUAAAUUAGAUAUGGAUGCAAAUAAAGCAUAAAAAUUUGCAAAAGCAUUAUUGAAAAGUGAUGGAUAUGAUUAACCAAUUUAGAAAAUGGUUAGUGCUAAUAGAUUUAAAAAUAUGAUUUUAUCACUUAUUUAAGAUUAUAUAACAUAUGAUGGAUCAUCAAUUUAUUAAGAAAUUCGAAAAGUAAAUAGAAUAUUUAUAUAAAUUAGACAUUAUAAAAAAAUAAAGAAGAACUGACAAGAAAAUUUAAAUACAAAUUUCCAAAUUAAGAAUAUAUAAAUAUAAGAUAAUUUGAAUAGUUAAUUUUGGAGUCUUAAAUUUCGAUUACUGAACUUUAAAAAGAUUAGUUGUUUAUUCAUAUCUAUUCAGUUUAUAAGGAUUUAGUAAAUUUAUAAUGGGAAUAAUUUUUUAGAGAUGAUGUUAAAGUAAAUCAAUAAUUAAAAUAAAUCAAUCCAUAAUCAUCAAAUUCUCCACCAAAUUCAUAAAAAUAAGAUAGUCCUAAUGAUUAUAUCAAAAUAUAAACUUAAAAUUCAGAUUCUUCUAAAUAGGUGAAAAUAAGAAGUAAUGCUAAAAAUUCAUCUUAAAUAAUAGAUAAUGAUCCUAAUUAUUAAAAUGUAACAUAAAAAAAGAAAUUAGAUGAAGAAGAAGAGAAUUAUGAUGAUUAUUUUGAAAAAGAUGAAGAUAAAAAUUCAUAAAAUUCAGUAAAAGUAGAAGAAGAAAAAUAGAAGAAAAAUAAUGUAGAAGAAGAAGAAUAUUAGGAAGAAUUUGAUGAUUAUUAAUAAAAACCAUAAGAAGAUUUUGAAGAUGCAGCUAUGAAAAUUUAAAUAGCUUAUAAAAAGAAAAAAUAAAAAGAGGAAGGUAAGAAGAUUCUAGAAGAAUAAAAAGAAAAAAAGAGAAAGUAUUUAGAAGAUAAAGAAUAAAAGAAGAAGUAGGAAUAAUUAUUAAAAUAACAGUAAGAAGAUAAAAAAAGACAGGAGGAUGAAUAUUAAAAAAGAUUAUAACAAUUAUUGCUGGAAUAAGAGCUUUUAAGAAGAAGAUAAGAAGAAGAAUAAAAAGAAAAAGAAAGAGAAUAAAAAAGAUAUGAAGAAGAAUAAAAAGAAAAAGAAAGAGAAUAAAGAAUAUAUGAAGAAUAAUUGAGAAAAGAAGAAGAAGAGAAAGCAAUAUUGAUAUAAAAUGCAUAUAAAUAAAAAAAGUAAAAAGAAGAGGGUAAAAAAAUUUUAGAGUAAAAAAAGAAGGAAAAAGAAUAAUAUUUAGCAGAAUUACAAGUAAAAAAGUAAUAAGAAGAAUUAGAAAGAUUAAGAUUAUAAUAAGAAUAAGAAGAAAAAGAAAAAUUGAGAUUAUUGUAAGAGUAGGAAGAUAAAGAAAAGCUUUUAAAAGAAGAGGAAGAUGCAGCUUUAAAGAUAUAAAUAGCAUAUUAAAAAAAGAAAUAAAUAGCAGAAGCUAAGGCAUUAUUAGAAUAAAAAAAGAGAGAAAAAUUUGUUAAUGAAUAAAAAUAAAAAGAAGAGGAUAGAAUAAGAAGAUAAAAGGAGAGAGAAGAAAAAUAAAAAAAAGAGUAAGAGGAAAGUGCACUAAGAAUUUAAUAAGCUUUUAAAGAUAAAAAAAAAAUUGAUGAAGCAAAAUAGAUGUUAGAAAGUAAAAGAAAUGAAAGAGAUUCAUAAAACUAAAAAAAAGGUUCAAAAGAAAAGAAAGAUAAAAAAGAUAAUGAGGAUGAUUAUGAUUUUGAAUUUGAAAAAGAACUUGAUGAUUAAUUGGAAGUUAAGAAAGAAAUUAAAGCAAAGGAAGAGGAAAUUAAUAUGGCAGCAUCAAGGAUAUAAGGAGCAUAUAGACAUAAAAAAAAUAAAUCAGAAGGAAAAAAAUUAUUAGAAGAACUAAAGGAAGAAAAAAGAUUAGAAGAAUUGAGAAAGAAAGAAGAAGAUUUAAAAUUAAAAGAAUAACAAGAACUUGAUGAUGUUGCUGUUAAAAUUUAAAAAGCAUACAAAAAGAAAUAAUAGAAAGAAGAAGGAAGGAAAAUAUUAGAGGAAAAAAGAAAAGAAAGAGAAUAAGAGUAAGAAGCAUAAUAGAAAAACAAUUAAUUACAAUUAUAAUAGUAGGUUUAAUAAGAUAUUCAAAUAGAGAAUGAAAAAAAUGAAAAUGAUGCUUAAGUUAUAAAAUCAUCGAAAGUUGAAGAUGAAUAUGGUGAUGAAAAAUUUGAAGAUGGUACAGAUCAUAAUAAGUUUAAUAAUCCAGCCUUAGUCUAAAGUAAGCCUUUGUAAAAUUAAGUUGAGGAAGAUGAAAAACUGCCUGAUGAUCCAGUGGCAGAAUAAAUGGAAGAUAAGUUAUUUAAUAGUGUUGGAAUUAUUGUAAAAAAUGCAUAAAUUUAUUUUAGAAUUAAUCCAUAAAUAAAGAAGAAGUGUCUGAUGCUGAUUAACUUUUAUGA